AUGCCUUCUCUUACCGAUCCUAUAGCUGUAUACAAUCGGUCAGCUGGGAAAUGGAGGUAUUACAAGCUCUCCAUUGCCGGAGCCGUUAUCCUCGGGACCCUUACACUGGCUGGACUGAUUUUCUUGCUGGGGUGGUACAUUCGACGAGCUCGUCAGGCCCGACGUCUCCGGAAUUGUGGCAGCCGCGAAUCAGAUCACUUUGGUCUUUCCACAGUCUCGCUUGCUAGGACAAGCAAAAGCAUCGAUGCCUUUCUCGUGAAAGAUGCCGACCCGGAGCGUACAUCCCUCAUGUUCAGCAGAAGCCCCUCUCCGUCUGUUACUAUCAUCCUUGACGAUUCAGAACACCUAAACUCAUUGACUGAAGUCUAUCGCACCAGUUGCAAUGCAUCGGCGAGUACACUUGGUAAUGUGAGUAUCAUCCUGAAGUACUCUGGGACCUCGAAGCAACUCAAUUCAGCGUUCGACGAGCUCUACCCCAACAGCAUUGAUUCCAUCCGCUGUGAGCCCAACAAACAGAUCCUCCCUCAUGUGGAACACAACAUCGGCCGACACCGAGGCUGGAUGUGGCUCUCGUCUCAGUCGAGAUUCAAUCUGCUCGCAUAUGAAUCAGAGCCCCACUGA